AACGCGCCACAUCGUUCCUGGCCAGCCGGUGACGUCGUCUACACGACUGUCUGGCUGCAAAACGGAUUUAGACAAAAGCAACAGAAAACCGAAGGACGAGGAGCCUUGCCACAAAGGAUUAAUACAUUUACCAUCCUGGAGUACACAUAUGCCUUUUAUCUGAUGAUUUUUGCGCAACUGCUGGGAUUGGAUCGGGCCUUUAUUAUUUUAAAAACCAUUUUUUUUUUUACUAUUUGGAAGGACAAAGUGGGCGGAUGUUUUUGUAGCUCUUCCUCCGUACUCUGUUUGUCACCUCUUCGCCGCAUUGAUUUAUUUGCACUGACCAGUUGUCUGCUGAAAACCUGGUCCGGUGCCUUCCCCCACCUCCUUCCUUCUCCUCUCUCCCCGAUCACUCCUUUUGUGCCCUCCUUCUUUCUUUGGCUCCGAAGAUGCCCAGCUCACUUUUCGCCGACCGCGGCGUGCAGGGAGAUGCGCUAGACGACCAGAGAGCCCUGCAGAUCGCCCUGGACCAGCUCUCUCUGCUCGGGUUGGCCAACGACGACGACGACGACGACGACACCCAGGAGCCCCGGAAAAAGAGUGUCAACAUGACUGAGUGCGUUCCGGUGCCCAGCUCCGAGCAUGUGGCCGAGAUUGUAGGCAGACAAGGUUGCAAGAUUAAAGCACUGCGAGCAAAGACCAACACCUAUAUCAAGACUCCGGUCCGAGGUGAGGAGCCAGUUUUUGUAGUGACAGGCAGAAGGGAGGAUGUGGCGAUGGCCAGGAGAGAGAUCAUCUCAGCGGCAGAGCAUUUCUCGCUGAUUCGAGCUUCCAGAAACAAAAACACCAGCUUAAAUGGGAGCGGUACUCCAGUCCCUGGCCCCCCUAACUUACCUGGACAAACCACCAUCCAGGUGCGAGUACCCUACCGUGUAGUGGGUCUUGUUGUAGGCCCCAAGGGUGCUACAAUUAAACGCAUCCAGCAACAGACCCAUACUUACAUUGUGACUCCCAGUCGGGACAAGGAGCCUGUGUUUGAGGUUACAGGGAUGCCAGAAAAUGUGGACCGAGCCCGUGAGGAGAUUGAAGCUCACAUUGCCAUGAGAACCGGGGGUCUUAUCGAGGUCCAGGAUGUAAACGACUUCCAUGCGAAUGGAACAGAUGUGGGGUUUGAUCUGAAUGGGCACCCUACUCUGUGGUCGAAGCCCAGCGUUGGGAUGACCCCCACCAAUGUGCGCAAAACCUUCUCCAAGUACCGCAAUGACUCGUCCUCGUCCCUAGGAAGCGCCUCCACAGACUCCUACUUUGGCACUAAUUCCCACAUGGCAGACUACAGCCCCCCCAGCCCUGCUCUGAGUUACACAACCAACAACAUUAAUUGCAACAACAACAACAACAACAUCAGUGUCAACACAAAUGGCAAUGGGUUUGUUUAUGGAAAUGAGGCAAUCUCUCCUGACUGCACUGAUUUGACUUUUGAUUCCCCGCCAGGGCUUGAAUCUACGCCAGCCCAACCUGCGAUUUUAUGGUCCCAGUACGAAAAUCAAAUCAACCCUUCUUUGACCAGAGGCAGCUCUUCCAUCUCCACGACAGCUAUUUAUCCUGCUAAUUCCAAUGGCAUGAUGAUGAAUCAGAGAAGAAUGAACAGAGAGGCAUCCCAAUCCAGGAUGUCACCGGCCCUCCACACUGGUCCCAACGAGCACCAGUUAGCUCCAAGGGUCUGCACUGACCUUAGUGAAGACUUGCUAAGUUUCUCUGGCUAUGUCAACACCGUUUCCUCCCUGACAAACUCUCACCUUGCUUGUGUUCCAUGUGACUCCUCUGCCUCUUCUUCCUCCUCUUCCUCAUCCACCAGCCGUAAAGGCAGCCGCGACUGUUCAGUGUGCUUUGAAAGCGAGGUCAUUGCAGCACUGGUCCCCUGUGGACACAACCUCUUCUGUAUGGACUGUGCCAAUCGUAUCUGUGAGCGAAGCGAGCCCAAAUGCCCUGUCUGCCACACCGGUGUUACUCAGGCUAUACGUAUAUUUUCAUAAGAAUGUUACUCUUUAAUGAGACCUGUUACAAUAGGUACCGUUAGGCUCUUCAUAUUGCUUUAAUAGAAUCAAUAAUCUUCAUCAGUUUAGACAGUGUACAUAGAAUUACAUACAGGUAAUGCUGUGGUAUGAGAAGGAAAAGAAACGCGUUUGAUUUUGUUGGAUGAAGUUAAAGUGUACUGUAGCUGAAAUAAUUUCAGCAUCUAGAUGCAUGUUUUAAAUAUCACAGAAUCAUUAGCUCUAGUCAAUUGUCCCCAAUACUUAUGUGACUAGGGACAUUGGAGUCCGGAUGCAAGUAUGUGGAUCAGACGCAAGGGUUUUUGCAGGCUGAGCCAUCCAGUUUGCCUAAUGGACUGUAAUAAAGACAGUUAACAGUAGCUGGGGAGCAAAACAGGACUAUUGACAUACAAAGGUACUUCAGCUCCUGUUUGCAGAAAUAUCCUGCAAAUGUAUGUAUAGAAUACAUUUUCUUUACAUUUUAAAUGACAACAGAUUUAAGUAUUUUCUCCUUUUUUCACUUGAAAAAGUAUAUUUCCUAUUGCAAAGAUGUUUACAGAUAUUUUUAGUUCAGUGAAACUUUUGAAGCUGGGAUAAAAUCAUAUUUUUUAAUAUGGCCUAAUGGCAAAGAUCACUGUAUUAUUUUAAUAUCAUAUUCCUGUGUGCAGGAGAACCAAGUCCACAAAAUAUGUUUUGCAUUGGACAGUAUUCUGUUUAGAUGAAGUUUUAAUAGUUUCAGCACAAUUUUAAAUCUGCUUCACUUAUCAUAUUUUUUAUUCAGUAAUAUAAAGCGUAUUUUAUUCUAUGUUUAUGAAACAUUGAAAUGUGCAAAGAUGAACACAAAGAAACAUUUUAUGCUUUCUAAAAUUUGUAUGUAUUAGAUUUUGGUGGGAAUUACAGGAUUCUGUUGCACCACUGUACUUUUAGUAUUUCUAUUUUGAUACAUUUCUUUACCACUUGCUUAUGUAUUUGUAGUUAUUUUAGUGUAAAUGUACUUAAUUUUAAGAACAAAUAUAUUUUAUUUUAUGAAAGAGGACCUGGAACCUCAUGGUCAAACACUAACUUUAUAUUUCCUGAGACAAGAUUUUAAAAUGUAUCAAGAGCUUUUAUUUUUCUGAAAUUUAAAGUAAUACAUGAUAAGUAA